AUUAUUAUUGUCCCUGUAUUUAGAAACUGCCAUUUAAGCUUUCAUAUUUCCGAUUGGUGAUCUGGAAAGGAUGGCCAGCUCCGGACUGCAGCUGCUGGGUUUCUUCCUCUCUCUGGUCGGAACUGCUGCCACUGUUGCCUCUACGAUCAUGGUCGAGUGGAGGAAGGAGGUGCAGGGCAAACAUUACACCUACGAGGGCUUGUGGAUGGCCUGCAGCGGCACUGAGAGAACAACCUGUGAAAAUCACAAAUCAGUGCUGAAACUGGCAAUUGAAAUCCAGGCGACCAGAGCUGUGAUGCUGGUCACUCUCUUCCUCUCCGCUAUUGCCUUGAUGGUCUCCAUCAUUGGAAUGAAGUGCACCCACUUCAUGGACAGCAUGCCCGCAAGUAAAUCCAGGAUAUCUCGGAUCGGAGGAAUCCUGUUCAUGACUGCAGGAUUAAUGACCAUCAUCAUCACGUCUUGGUAUGUCACAAAGAUUGUUAAGCUCUUCCAGGAAUCACAUAAGCUACAAAGUCGAGAGUUUGGUCACGCCGUGUUUGUCAGCUGGCUUGGUGGACUUCUCACUAUGGUUGGCGGCAUUUUCCUGGGCUGUCAGAGAUGCUCGCGGUCCCCGUCGUCUGAGUCCAUAAGCUCCAACCACCUUCUUCCUACUGCAAACCCCAAGUCCAAUUAUGUUUAGUUGAAGAGCCAGGACAUCCCACUGUGGAAUUAUCAUGAAAAUACUGCCUACAUUCAUCCAAUAAUUAGAUUAGGAUCAGUAUUAUGUACAAAAUUGGCUGCAGCAGGGAGUUUUCCUGAUUUCAGCUGUAAGAAUGUGAAAAA